CUCUCUGCUGCCCCCCUCUGUCCGGGUUACUCAACACAACCAUAGACCGUAUAUAAGGAACACAACACGCAUUUAAAGUAUUCACGAAAACACGGCGGCGUAUGUUCACGAAGAAAAACAAGCCUCUUGUUGUGCACUACGUGUUUUCCGUAGUGUUAUUGCGUCCACCGGCCAGCGUCGCCUCUGUGAACGCAGCGGUCAGGUUUCUUUGUGUUCCUGGAACUGCAUUUCCCACAAGGCAGUGCGAGACGUGAACGCGCCAGAGACAGAGUAAAAUGCUUUUUUAAUAAUUUAGUUGUUAUCAUGCUCUUCUCCAACUUUCGCACACAUCUCAUUGCACAUCAUAGAGCUAACCUUAACUAAUAACUAGUUAACAGCAGUUUACCUCGCGUCACGUGACACACUUCUUCUCAAAACACCGCAGCUAGCUUACUCCCUCACUACAGACAGCUAGCCCGACGCACAGCCUAUGGAGGAAACAUGGAAAACAGGUACAAUAUUUGACUUGAGAGAAGGAAAAGAUGCAGGCGGCUGCGGAGGAGGCAGCAGAAGAGCUGCCCUCCUUGAUGUGGGGGCUGGACCCGAUGUUCUCUGCCUUCUCCAGGCUGUAUGUCAGAGACAUCCUGCACAUGACUGAGUCCAUCCAGGUGCCAGGUAUUUACUUCUAUAACUCGCAUCCAGUCUACAAAGUUGAUGUACUUGGGACAGUAGUUUACAGGAGAGAAAGAGACGACUUCUUCUGUUAUGGAGUGGAUGAUGGGACUGGUGUUAUAAACUGCAUGUGCUGGAAGAGCGACCUGAUGAAAGAAGAGCAGGAUCCUGGUAAAUCUGGGGGAAGGCAUAGUGAUGCAGUUCAGGAAGGCUUCAAUCCAGUCGCUGAGCUGAAGAAGCUGAGACAGGCCCAACAGAACCGCUGCUGCCUGGAGAUUGGAGAGCUGCUCCGAGUCAGAGGACCGGUCAAGACCUCAAGACAGCAGAGAGAAAUCAUGGCCUCCACCUUCUAUAAAGUGAAUGACCCAGUAAUGACAGCCCAGAUAACGUGGAUGAUGGAGGUUCCUGAGCUAUACAGACAGUUCUAUGACAAACCACUCCAGCUGCAACAUAAUGCUACGGGGGCCUCGACCAUCAGUCCCCUCAACAAGGCAAAAACUAUCAUUCAGGAUUUCUUUAAGCAGCAGUCGGUGAGCAGGUUCAGGCCCUAUGAUGUUCAGGACCUCCUGCAGCCUCUCAUCUCCUGCCAGCCUCAAACAACAUCUGCUGACCAGGAGCCUGUGGCAGGUCCGUCUGGCUACCAGCAGAUACGGCAGCUUCUGAAGGAAACCCUGGACAUUUUACAGAAAGAGGGCAUCAUAUACCGCAAGGUCAAGUCUCAGGAUGAACUCUAUCAUGUGACUGCACAGGAUAAAGAUCUACUCAUAGCUGUAAAAGACAUCAUCAGGGAAGACUCGAGGAGAGAGAAGUAUGCAGAGAAGGGCUGCCACAUCCUGCACAUCCUGUCAGCAGUCAGGCAGAGGUACAGCCUCAAUGUGAACAAAGUGGCACUGGAGCUGGUCCUCAAAUCACUGGAGUGCAACAGUGACAUUGUCAGCACCAGUGAAAACCAUUACACUGCGUUUUAACACAAGUACAGUGGGUUGGGGACCCCUAUUACGGACCUAUUAUUUGUAACAUGGCUUAUUGCUCCACAAUGUGAGCGACCAAUAUGAGUAAAUCAUAUGAUUUGUAUUUUUGUGUUCAUUAUGAGCCUUAGUAGGGCUCCACAUUUGGUCUAUUUCAUAUUACUGCUUUUAUUUUAUGUAAGUGCCAAGUUUACAUGUGAAAUUAGGUAUAAAUCAUUUGAUAGACAUGGAGAGUCUAAGAAAAUGAACUUCAGGGAAGUUAUAUACAUAUGUAAAUAAAUGUUGAAUGAAAAAAAACGCACUCUGGUUGUAUGCCUCUGCCAACCAGUGCAGUUCACGUCUGCAUUUUUUCCAGAUUCUUAUAAGGUCACGUGACCUUUGACCACUGACAUUGCAUUCGUUAUACCUUCAACCACCAAAAUCAAAGCAGUUAGUUACUCAAGGUGUUUUUGAGAUCUCUCGUUCACAAGAAUGCGACAGAUGGACGGACGGAUGUACAACCUGAAAAUAGAAUGCCCUUGGCCACUGGCUGUCGCUGGCACGGAGGUAUAAAAAUGCAGCUCAUGUGUGGCUGUAUUAACCUUCUCAGGUGCCCCGGGGCUAAAAAAGGCAGCUGUUCCUCCACUGGUCAUCAUGAGCAACAUACAUAACCCAUUAGCCCCAUGUCAUAUCUGCCCCAAAUCAUCUGAUCACUAUGUUCCUCAUUUAAUAGGGUUAUAAGCACAUUGGAUGCUCUUACACCAGAUGAACCAAUAUGCCAUUACUGAAUAUUGUUAUAAUGGUUAAAUCAGAACAUAAUAGCCAGUAUUUUCAUGUGUAACACAAUUAUAAGAGCUCAAUUAUGCCAUGUUGACACCUCAUGUACCACAAGAUAUAAAGGGAUAUAGCAAAUUUGUUAUAUGCAUAGGUGUAUAUAUUUUAUAGGCUUCAUAUGUAUACAUUGAGACACACAGACAAUCAUAAU